AAACUUGAAUCGAUCAUAUAUUUUUUGAACUGGGUGUUCUUAUCCUUCUUCUGGAUAACGGAUGAUUUUCUUCUGGAUAAUGGAUGAUAUAGGCCAUGUAGCGCUCAAAAGAUUGUUAUGACUUCUGGUUACCAUGAAUACUUUGCUCUUGAACAUUCCCAAUCUUCCUUGCAGAAUUAUAGUCAAUUCUCAGGGCAGUGGCAUUCAUUACAAAUAUAUUCAUGCUGACUCUGUUUCCCUCCCAUCUCUUACACGUUCACGCGUAUACCCGUCGAUUGAAAAAAUUGUAGCAGGCCAUAGGAGGCCACAUCUAAGCAAGAAGCACAGCUCCAUUUUGUUGCAGGCCCAAACAAACAAUGCCUUAACUGAGCUGAAUGAAAAUGAACAAAGCGACCUUACAAUUAAACAGAGAUUGCAAGAACUUGCUGAUAGUCUGGUGCUUCCUCCAAACUAUCUGAUUCAGCUGCCCAAUGAUCUUCGUCUUGAUCUGAAUGAUGCAGCUUUUGAUCUUGCAAGUGGUCCUAUGAAUCAAGAGUGUGGUGUGAAGUUUGGAGAAAUAUUAAUGCAGCUUUCUCAAGCAUGGGAGAAAGCAGACACACAGGGUGCAGCUGAAAUUGCAAGUCUUCUUCCCUCUUUACAGGACUCUUUGACAGCAAAUGUAGAGGCAGCUAUUGGAAGGCGUUUAAUACGCGCUGGAAGACGUUUUGCAUCAAUGGGUCAAUAUGGUCAAGGAGAGCUGCAGAAGAUGCAAGUGAUGCAAUCCACCUUCUUUCAAGUGCUCUCAACAUUCCCAUGGUUUUUGAUAGGUCAUUCCUUAGGUCGAAAUAAGUUGGAACACAUAUUAAAACAAGGAAAGCAAUCCAAGGAAGAGAUCGAUAGAAUAUACAAGAUCUAUCACAAGAUUGAUGUUGAAGAAUUAUGUCUUGACUUUGUUGAGCUCAUGGUUUCCAACACAAGGCGAGAAAUUGAAGAACAAUGGGGUCUUUAUGAUGAUUUUGAUUUACAAUUGGACAAAAAGUUUAGAGCUCGUGCCAAGCACAAUCAAAAUUACUAUGGUCUUUAUACAAUCACACCUCCUGGAAUGGACUUUAGUAAUGUUAUUGUACAAGAUUCUUGA